AUGCUGAGGAUCACAUAUCUUUGUCUACUAUUAGCUUUUUUUGCAGUCACUGAAAGUAGAAAAAGACCAUCGGUCCAUUGGGAAUUUUCUGGCUAUGCCAAAUGCGACCCGCAUGCCACUGAUAGCCCAUAUCUAAUUGUAAGUCAAGAAGUAGCGUUAAGCAACGGGGAUUUUAAUCGUUGCGGAAAAUUUUGAAUUAAUGUUCAGACUCGGAGAUUAGCUGACUUCAAGGUAUUUGUAAUUCCAGGAGGUAUCUUUCUAUUCAAUUGGAACUUUCUACACCACAAAAUGUGGCUCCGCAAUUGCUGACAAAACUGAUGGCAGCUUCCACAUUGAAUGCGAAGACGUCUCAUUCAGCGCGUAUCCUGAGGUCCAGAUGUAAGCCCAGAAAUCUUUUAUAAUACUAAAAAAAUUCACAAUAAAAAAUCCUUUUAGACGUCAUGGAUGCGGCGGAUACUGUCUUUACUACGCCCGAGAUUACAGUGAGCAUUACAUUGACGAUUUGUUCUACAGCUUGGAUGGGGGUAGUGGAGGCAAGUUUAAAGUGUUUAGCAUCGGAUAAUUCUUUUUCUAAUAUACGAAUUUUUACUUCAGACUUGGCUAACAAUUGCUCUCCUAAACAGCUAAUUGUAAGCAAUUCAAUUAACGAAACAAGAAGUGUCGUGUAA